AUGAACCGCCUGGCCAUAAGUCCGGAAAAAUCUCUGGAAUGCUCUGAAACAUUCAAGAAGCAAACACAGAGAUACAGAGGAAAAUCGAAAGUAAAGAAAGGAGAAGGAGGAGGAGGACACAUUUCCGUCGUUUUCAUCGGCCAUGAAGGAGGAGGAGGACGCAUAUCCGUCGUUUACAUCGGCCAUACAAAGAGUGGUGAGUCCAUCCGUACGGUUAAACUGUACGUGGAAGACGUAGUGAUCUUGAGAGGAAGACACAUGGCUAUCACUGUCUCCAGGGUGUACGAAUAA